CGUCCAUACAUAUGAAUGAGAUAAGAAUUUGAAUCCCUGCCGUUUGUUUCCUUCUUCUUAUUCACAGAAACCUGCAACACUCAUCUCUCUCAAUUUCUGCAACACUCUUACCCAUUUACAGGAUUGGCUCUUUCUCCACAUAAGGUGCCAAGAAUUAUGAAGGAUUAUUCUAGUCACUAGAAAACAGAAUUAUCAUGGCGACUAUUGUUAACAUUAGUAGUAUCCCUCUUCUACCUUCAAGUUUUUCAUUGAGGAAAUCAAUCAAACAAACAUUUCUUCCCCAUUUCAGAAUUAUUCAUAAACUAUCUGCUACUGCUACUGGAGCUAAUUUAGUUCUUGAACCAAAUUCACCCAAAAUUGCUACUAAUCCUGAUCUUCCUUUAACUGAUGCUACCCCAAUUCCAUCCAAUAAAACAAGACCUGCAGUAAAGAAAGAAGAUUUGGUUAUUGGUGCUGUAUUUACAGGGAAAGUGAAAUCAAUCCAGCCAUUUGGUGCUUUUAUAGAAUUUGGUGCUUUUACAGAUGGCUUAGUUCAUGUUUCCCAAUUGAGUGAUAGCUUUGUUAAGGAUGUUUCAAGUGUAGUCUCUAUAGGGCAAGAAGUAACCGUUAAGUUACUAGAAGUAAACCUGGAAACCAAAAGGAUAUCUCUAACUAUGCGUGAGGGUGAUGAAAUGGAUAAGAAACAGCAGCCUAAGUAUGAUCAGAAGAGAAAUGAUGUAAAGAAAACGUCCAAGUUUGUAAAGGGACAGGAUCUUGAAGGAACAGUUAAGAAUUUGACUAAAUCUGGUUGUUUUAUUUCACUUCCUGAUGGUGAGGAAGGAUUCUUGCCUAGUUCAGAGGAAGCAGAUGAAGGGAUUGUAAAUCUUAUGGGUGGAUCUUCUUUAGAAGUUGGACAAAAUGUUCGUGUGAGAGUUUUGAGGUUGAUGAGAGGACAGGUGACUUUAACUAUGAAGAAAGAUGAAGAUGGUGAAGAGUUGGAUGUGAAGCUAAAGGGGCAAAGUGUUGUUCAUAAAGCAACAAAUCCUUUUAUGUUGGCUUUUCUUCAAAAUAAGGAGAUUGCAGCUUUCAUGGAUGAAAAGGUUUGAGGUUUCUAUUAUAGAGGGUCAGUGGUGAUAACUUGUUUUGUAUUUUCUUUAAUUUGUUGUGAAUGAGAUGUUUUUGCAUUUAUUGCUUAUGAAAUCAACUUUUUUUCACAUUCUUGCAUACAGAGAUGUCAAUUUAAUCAGCCUGGUUUGUAUC